AUGCCUGAUGAGAAAAACAGCCAUAAACAUCUGGAUGCCGCUGAGUUUUUAUCUGUCAACAUUGCAGAAAAGAAGGAGAAGGCCAAGAAUCAGGUUCAUCAAGACGCAAUUCACCAAGAGACAAUAAGAAAGGAGCAGAGACAUCAGACACUUUACACUAAGUUCACUAUCAACCCACUCAAGAAACUGCAUGUCAUGUCAGACAAACCCACGGCCAGUAAACCAAAAGAGACGAUUGAAAAGACUUCGGAGUUGAUCGAGGCCUUCCACUACGCACGACAAGUACCUACCAAGAAGUAUCCAGAGCCGGUGACUGAGAGUCACCAGAUAGGAUGGAGGACAGAUCCACUGAUUCCAUCGGACCGCUUUGACAGAAGAUUCAACCACCACCGACAGCGCACCGACAUCACCGGAGACAUCUGAUACACAAGAGGUCCCGUCACUCUGUGCUUACAGCUUAGAGAAAAAAAGUUAGUCCCUCACAAUAGUCGGCCACGGACUAAAAGACGACUCAGAGGAGGGAACUCUGCU